AUGAAGACAGUUUUCAUCAUCGCCGCCUCGAUCGCUUUGGUUUACAGUUUGCCAUUGGCAGAUGACGGUUAGUUUGAACAAACUUUCAAUAGAACUUGAAUUUUUUUUUUUCAGCAGGGGUGACCACAACGGUUUCAGCAGUAACUACAGUUGCCCAAACGCAGACUGCAAAUACAAAUACAGCUCCAGCCGUAGCAACUUCAGCUAUCACUGGCAGUCCUGCAGCAACUCAAUCAACACCAGUACCAUCUGCCAAUCCAACUGGAUCCUCUUCAGCACCUUCAAACUCAAGUUCUACUCCUACCAUAAAUCCUUCAGCUUCUUCAACUGUUAGUAGCUCACCAAGCCAGGUUUCAACAUCAACAGUUAUCACAACAACUCAAUCAGCAUCAUCGAUCUCGAUUUUGUUUUCCGCACUCACAGCAUUCUAUGUUUUGUUUUAA